AUGAACCUAUUUUUUGUUUUCUCGUUUAAUCAUCAAUUGCCCCUUCAGGAUUGUGAUCUGGACGAGAUUCGUGAUGAACUGCCUCCUCAGCAACCUCGAUACAUCCUUAUGAGCUACAAAUUGGUUCAUCCAGAUGGGAGAUUUUCGUUUCCACUGUGCUUGAUCUACUACACCCCGACUGGUUCAAGUCCUGAAGUGCAAAUGCUUUAUGCAGGGAGUAGAAAUUACCUUGCGAGAGAAUGUCAGUUGAAUAAGACCAUCGAACUGAGAGAACCGGAAGAUUUGACCAAAGAAUACUUGGAGUCGUUUUUACUUAUAAAAUAA